AGAUAUCUGAAUGUUGAUCAAUCCUGAAAUCCAAGAAUGUCAGAACAGUACAGAUCCCCCCCAAAUGUCAGGACGGUACAGAUAUCCCCCCAAUGUCAGGAUAGUACAGAUAUCCCCAAAUGUCAGCACGGUACAGAUAUCCCCCAAAUGUCAGGACGGUACAGAUAUCCCCCCCAAAUGUCAGGACGGUACAGAUAUCCCCCCAAAUGUCAGAUCGGUACAGAUAUCCCCCAAAUGUCAGGACGGUACAGAGAUCCCCCAAAUGUCAGGACGGUACAGAGAUCCCCCCAAAUGUCAGGACGGUACAGAUAUCCCCCAAAUGUCAGGACGGUACAGAUAUCCCCCAAAUGUCAGGACAGUACAGGUAUCCCCCAAAUGUCAGGACGGUACAGAUAUCCCCCAAAUGUCA